AUGGGUAUUCAAGGUCUAUUGCCUGCUCUAAGAUCUAUUCAAAACACGAGACAUCUCUCGGAAUUCUCUGGACAAACUAUCGCAGUAGAUGCCUAUGUAUGGCUUCAUAAGGGAGUUUUCACCUGUGCCACUGAGUUGGCAACUGGGAUAUUAACUCACAAAUAUGUCAAUUAUGCGAUGGAAAAAGUCAGACUACUUCGACAUCACGGCAUAGAACCGUAUAUUGUAUUCGAUGGUGGCCCAUUACCGGCAAAGAAGGGCACGGAGGUCGAGCGGAAGCGUAAGCGUGAUGAACAUCUUGCCCGGGGGAACUUGCUAGCGUCUCAGGGAAAACACGCUCAGGCGCGAGACUGUUAUCUCAAGUGUGUGGAUGUUACCCCCCAGAUGGCCUUCCAACUCAUCAAGGCACUUCGCGCGGAAUCUGUUCAAUAUAUUGUCGCUCCGUAUGAAGCAGAUGCACAACUAGCAUUUCUAGAACGCCAAGGCAUUGUUUCGGCAAUUUUAACAGAGGAUUCUGACCUUCUUGUGUUUGGCUGCAAGAAUGUUCUAUUGAAAUUUGAUCCCGUUGCUAGAACUGUCGUCUCGAUCUCUCGAGCCGACUUUGCAUCUGUCACCGCUACUUCUUUAGAUUCCAAUGGCCUCUCUCUCGUCGGUUGGUCCGAUAACCAGUUCCGGGCUAUGGCUAUACUCAGCGGCUGCGACUAUCUUCCGAGUAUUCCUGGUAUUGGACUGAAGACUGCAUGCGCUAUGCUAAGGAGAUGGAAGACCCCACAAGCCGUCGUUCGACAAAUUGCACUGGAGGGGAAAAAGCGCGUUCCCAAGGGAUACCUCGACCAGUUUAGACUGGCCGAGAAGUGUUUUCUCCACCAGAGGGUUUAUGAUCCUUCGUCCGAGAAGCUAGUAUAUUUAAGUGAUGUGGAUUUGCAAAGCUGGGAUGAUUUAGCAGAAGCAUAUAUCGGAGGGUAA